GUCACGUGACAACCAACUAUGGCUUCCUUCUUAUUGUGAUGGAGGCGAAUCGUUGACAACAAAACAAAACUGUACUUUUACUCAUUUCUUUGUCCACUAACAGAAGUUGGAUUUAGAAUGCAGAAGAUAAAGUCUCUCAUGGCCCGGCAGGGUCUGAAAAGCCCCCAAGAAAGCAUGGCGGACCUCAGUCCUGUGGAGAACCUGAGGAUCCCAAGCAAGGAGGAGUUGCGGGAGCUGAGGGAGCAGCCCAUUGACCCCCAGGCGGAGCAGGAGAUCAUUGACAGCAUUGAGGAGGUUUACUUCUCCAACGACUCCUUUGACAUGGUGCAGCAUGAACUGGAGAAACUCCCACCUGAGCUGAACCUACAGGAGCUGGAGGAGUAUAGAGAAAAGCUGAAGAGACAACAGGCAGCAGUUUCGAAAAAGGUUGCCGAUCUCAUUCUGGAGAAACAGCCUGCUUAUGUCAAGGAACUGGAGCGGGUGACAGCGUUGCAGACUAACCUGCAGUUGGCAGCAGUCAUUUGCACUAAUGCAAGGAGGCAACUGAGUGUGGCAAAGGAAGGAUUCACUGAAGCCAGUCUGGGUCUGCUGGCCAAUCAGAGGAGACGACAACUGCUGACAGGCCUUCUUAAGUCACUGAGGACCAUCAAAACGCUGCAAAGAACAGAUGUAAGACUCAGCGAGAUGCUUGAGGAGGAAGACUAUCCAGGAGCGAUCCAACUCUGUCUGGAAUGUCAGAAGGCUGCUAGCACCUUUAAACACUACAGCUGCAUCAGUGAGUUAAAUUCCAAGCUACAAGACACUCUGGAGCAAAUAGAGGAGCAGCUUGAUGUCGCCCUGUCGAAGACUUGUAAGCACUUUGAUGUUUCGCACUACACCAAGGUCCAGCUGGCCUACACGCUCCUGGGAAAGACACAGACUGCUAUGGACCAGCUGCACAUGCACUUCACCCAGGCCAUCCACAAUACUGUGUUCCAAGUGGUGCUGGGAUAUGUGGAACUGUGUGCUGGCAACGCUGAUACCAAGUUCCAGAAGAUGCAGUACAAGGACCUGUGCACGCAUAUCACCCUGGAUAGCUACAUCCCCUGCCUGACAGACUUGUGCAAGGCAUUGUGGGAGGUGAUGCUGAGUUAUCACCGCACCAUGCAGUGGCAUGAGGAGCAUGAUAAACAGGAGGCUUCACCCACUCCAGAUGACGCGGCGGAGUCAGAUGAGUCAGUGGUGGACCGCAGCUAUGUGAAGAAGAAACUGGAGCAUGGACUGACACGGAUCUGGCAGGAUGUCCAGUUGAAAGUGAAGGCCUAUAUCCUUGGGACAGACAUGUCUAACUUCAAAUACGACGAUUUCAUAGUGGUAUUGGAUGUCAUCAGCAGGUUGAUGCAGGUGGGUGAGGAGUUCUGUGGCAGUAAGUCAGAGGUGCUGCAGGAGUCCAUCAAACGCCAGAGUGUCAACUACUUUAAAAACUAUCACAGGGCACGACUGGAAGAGCUGAGGAUGUUUCUGGAAAAUGAGACGUGGGAACUAUGCCCGGUCAAGUCUAACUUUAACAUCGCCCAGCUCCAUGAGUUUAAGUUCAUGGGCCAGUGUCGUUCUCCAUCAGUUUCCCCGAGCAGACAGGCCACGUCCUCGAACAGCCCGGCUCAGGAGGAGCUGUCUCUGUUCCAGCAGUACCUUCAGGAGGGAAACCCCUUUGAGAUGCACACUGAGCACAAAGAGGAGGAGACAGAGGAUGUGCUGGCAUCUAACGGGUAUGAGUCAGACGAGUUGGAGAAGAGUGUGUAUCAAGAUUACGACAGUGACAGUGACGUCCCUGAGGAGCUAAAGCAGGACUACGUUGACGAGCAGACGGGUGAUGCCCCCCUCAAGAGUGUGUCCCGGGAGACCAUAAGAAGCAAGAAAAAGUCAGACUACAACCUAAACAAGACCAAUGCACCGAUCCUCACCAACACCACCCUCAAUGUUAUCCGGCUUGUCGGGAAGUACAUGCAGAUGAUGAACAUUCUGAAGCCGAUCGCCUUUGACGUCAUCCACUGUGUGUCACAGCUCUUCGACUACUACCUCUACGCCGUGUACACCUUCUUUGGACGCAAUGACAUGCCUGUCCCAAGCCCAUCUUUGCCAGCUCAUGGUGGCAGAGAGGCAGGCACUGCCAGAGUGGUGGGCCCUGCUUGCUUGUAUGAGUCAUCGGGUCUGGGCCUUAUCAGCAGCAGACUGAGGACCACACUGAACCGGAUCCAAGAGAGCCUCAUUGACAUGGAGGCGACGGGGGAGAACGCUGGAGUCCACGGCCCAGCAGAGGACAGGAAGGAAAAGGUGCCCAGUCCCCAUCUAAGCCAAAUGGUGGUCCUCACUAACAGUGGGACUCUCUAUGGACUGGCACAGAGGGUGGUGGCCACAGAGUCUCUUGUGUUUCUGGCUGAACAAUUUGAAUCCCUCCAGUCCCACCUGGACACAAUGAUGCCUGCAGCCAAGAAGCCCUUCCUUCAACAGUUUUAUUCCCAGACGGUGUCUACAGCCAGCGAACUCCGCAAACCCAUAUACUGGAUUGUUGCAGCCAAGGCCAUCGACUACGAACAAAUGUUGCUGCUGAUGGCCGGAGUGAAGUGGGACAUCAGGGAGAUAAUGUCACAGCAUAAUGUUUAUGUAGACGUCCUGUUAAAGGAGUUUGAGCAAUUUAACAAGCGUCUGGGAGAUGUUUCCAGACACGUGCGCAUCCCUCUGCCUGUGUCCAAUGUCCUGUGGGAGCACUGCAUCCGCCUGGCCAAUAGGACUCUUGUAGAAGGCUACGCUAAUGUGAAAAAAUGCAGCAAUGAGGGCCGUGCGCUGAUGCAACUGGACUUCCAGCAGUUCCUCAUGAAGCUGGAGAAGCUGACCGAUCUGCGACCCAUCCCUGAUAAAGAGUUUGUUGAGACCUACAUCAAGGCUUACUACCUGACGGAGAAUGACAUGGAGCAGUUCAUUAAGAACCACAGGGAGUACUCCAUGAAGCAGCUAGCCAACUUGGUGAACGUUUGUUUGGGCUCGCAUAUAAACAAGAAGGCUCGUCAGAAACUUCUGGCAGCCAUUGAUGACAUCGACAGACCCAAAAGAUAAACUGACGACCAGAACAGACCCUGACCGUAUCAAUCAGCCACAGAGAUGGACACUUCCUGCCGAGGGGACUCCCACAGUGGAGCUCAGCCUAGAAUGUCUUCAUUUUCACUUUAGAGUAUUCAUGUUGUGGUGUGUUCAGAGAGCAGUGCAGCACAUACAGAAGCAGAACUACUGUAUACAGCAAUUUAAAGCUUAUAUGUUGUACUAAUUAUCUGAUAGUCUCUGGUACUUAUGUGGUCAAAAACUCAAACAACUACUUGUUGAAGGCAGCUCACACGACAGACAUGCUGAUGGACGUCAAUACUGCUUCAGUUGCUCAGCACAUACGCCCUCACAUUUUCGUUGAACAAACAUGCCACUUACAAAGUUCUUAUGCAACCACAACAAUUUCAGUCUGUUCUGCCAGUACAAGAACCGUCAGUGUCACAUGACAUGUAGCUUCACCGUGUGGCCCUUUUCAACAAAUGUUUCUGAUAUGACUCCAAUCUUGAAAACAAAGAAAAAAAAUGACAGAACAAUUUCAAGUUGCUAAGUUUGCGUGAUUUUCCAAAAUUUUGUGGUAAAUAUGUCCCAGGUACAGAUCUGAGAGCAGUCUGUAGUAGUUAUAAACUUCCACUAUAUGAUAUGAAGUCUGGUCACAUGAUUGAAUGUGCUCCCUGAAGGACAGGCAGUAAGAUCUGGCAUAUCGUUCAUUUUAAUCAUUCAUUCUAUCAUUCCAGCCCAUGUUUUUGCUGUAUAUUAUUCCACUUCAGGGUGUUUGUUGUGCCUGACUGGAUGCUCGGCUUUUUGUUUUGUUUUUGUUCAUGAAUGAUAUAAAUCUAAUGAUAAUCCUAGAAAAUAAUCUAAAUUGCUCUAGUUAACAUGUAGUAUACUUGCACCAGCUGCAUUUGUUUGUUUGCUGUUUAUCAUAUCUGUGGGGGAAGCGAUUUUAGCGCCCUGUGGUGGGUUUUCAAAGGUCUUCUUUGAGUUUAAUCUCCAGUCUUCUUGCUGAGCAGAGACAUGUUGAUUUAUAUUUUAUCUGUUCUGUAGUUUUGUGCAUUCAGGCACUGAUUAUGUGACAUCAUCAUAAGUUUGUAGUUGCACUGUAUCAGCGAUACAACGAUAAGAGUUUCCUCCAAAGCUUUAAGGCCCCUUCACCAUUCAUCUCCAUUAGUUCAACUUGACCAGACCUGCCCAGAGGCCAGAUUGAUUUACUGUUGCGAAGAAAAAAAAACAAGGAUAUUAGAAGUUUUUGAUACAGCUUCAUGUUUUGUGUGCAACUGUUCCAAGAAAAAUACUGUAAAUGUGAAUGUUUUGAACAAUGUCUGUAUUUAUUUCUUGCUUUGUGUCUUGUUUGGGGUUUUUAUAUGAUUGCAGGACGUGUGCUGUCAUCUAUCACUUCUCGGUAUCUUGUAACUUAUCAGCUAAAGCUAAUACAAUAUUUAAACCUUGUCAAAUUAUGUUAAGGGUUAAGUGCACUAUAGUGAAAAUCUGUAAUCAGUGUUGGAACUCUAGAUUGAAACAAAAUGAUUCUAAUAUAAUAAACACACUAAUGGACUCAAA